AUUAUUCAUUAAUGAUUUUCAGAAUCUCCAGGUCCUGCUUUUCGAGUAUUUCUGUCAAAUUACCUUCUUUCAAAGUGCAUCAUUUGGAACUCGAUCAACUCCCCCAAACAGCCACCACAACAUCGGCUGAAUUGCUCGCUUAUUAUAAGAGUAUGUAAUUGCAAAGACGUAUGGAAAUUGCUUGUGACAAUCUCUACAAACAGAGAUUGAUUAGAGGUUUCUUGCAUCUUGCCGAUGGUCAAGAAUCAAUAUACGAAGGAUUACAUGCAGGAUUAACAUUUGAUGACUGCGUUAUCACAGCUUACAGAGAUCAUUGCAUCGCAUUGCUCAGAGGUGAUACUCCUCAUCAGAUUAUUGCUGAGAUGAUGGCAAAACAAACUGGUAGUACAAAGGGCAAAGGUGGAUCAAUGCAUUACUACAAAAAAGCCACCAAUUUUUAUGGUGGUCACGGAAUUGUUGGUGCCUAAAUUCCAUUGGGAACAGGAUUGGCAUUUGCUUAAAAGUAUCUCAAAAAGCCAAAUGUGACUUUGAUCAUGUUUGGAGAUGGAGCAGCCAAUCAAGGAUAAUUGUAUGAAGCUGCCAACAUGGCUCAACUUUGGCAUUUACCAGCCAUCUAUUUCAUUGAAAACAACUUGUUUGGUAUGGGAACAUCCAUUGACAGAGCCAGUGCCAAUACCAAAUUCUACACCAGAGGAGAUGUCAUUCCAGGAAUAUAAAUUGAUGGAAACAAUGUAUUCUAAGUUAGAGAGACACUCAAAUUCGCCAAAAAGCACUGUCUCGAAAAGGGACCAAUCUUCAUUGAAGCCAUGACUUACAGAUAUCAUGGACAUUCCAUGAGUGAUCCAGGUGUCACCUACAGAACAAGAGAGGAAGUUCAAUAAUAGAGAAAGACCAGAGAUUGUAUCAACUAUGUUAAAAACAUUAUUCUUGAAAACAAAGUGGCUGAUGAACAUUAAUUGGAAGAAAUCGAUAACACUGCUUAAAAUGAAAUUGAUAUUGCUGUUGAAUAGGCCAAAGUUGAUCCAGUCCCACCAAGCACUGAAUUGGCAACCGAUGUUUAUGUUGACAACUAAAAUCAUUUCAUUAGAGGAAUCUUAUAUAAGGAUAGCAUUCUACCAAAGAGUUAAUGAUAAAUUACCAUUUAGAAAAAAUAAUAUAUAUACAGCUAAUGUAUUUAUUGAAA